GAGUAACUAUCAACAGGCAGGAUUCCAGGAAUUCCUUCCCCCAGACUUCUGGGAAAUGUAGUCCCUGCGACUGUGACAUCACAGAGAGAAGUCCAGAAAAGCCUUUUCCGGCUUUGGCCUCCACACGUGCGUCUUCCCCCAAAGUUGGGCGUGAGUCCUGCUGUGCCGUAGCUCCAGCUGCGUCUCUGACUUGGAGGAAAUGCUGUCCUUCCAGGAUGUGGCCAUUGAGUUCUCUCCAGAAGAGAGGGAAUACCUGGAGCCUGCUCAGUGGAGUCUGUAUAGGGAUGUGAUGUUGGAGAAUUACAGCAACCUUAAUUUCCUGGGUCUUGCUGUCCCAAAGCCACACCUGGUGACAUUUUUGGAGCAAACACAAGGACCAUGUGAUAUGACGAUACAAGCAACAGACACUGUACACCCAGGAACAACACCCAAUGAUUAUAACGUUUACAACAAGACCAUUGAUUACAAUUCAGUACAUGUUCAAUACCAAAGAAUUCAUACAAGGGAGAAACCCUACAAGUGCAAAGACUGUGGUAAGGCCCUUAGUUCUUAUAAAACACUUUCUAUACACCAGAGACUUCACACAGGAGAAAAACCCUACACAUGUAAAGAAUGUCAUAAAGCCUUUAAUACUCGCUCAUCACUUUUUAUACACCAGAAAACUCAUACUGCUGAAAAAACAUACAAGUGUGAAGAGUGUGGCAAAUCAUUUUACUAUCUUCCAAUGCUGAAGCAACAUGAAAGAAUUCAUUCUGGAGAAAAACCCUACAAGUGUGGAGAAUGUGGCAAAGCCUUUUAUUUCCCUUCAUACCUUAAGCAACAUCAAAGAAUUCAUUCAGGAAACAAUCCUUACAAGUGUGAAGAUUGUGGAAAAACGUUUUCUUGUUCUCUACGACUUCAGAUACAUCAAAUAAUUCAUACCGGAGAGAAAUCAUACAAGUGUGAAGAAUGUCACAAAGCCUUUCGUUAUCACUCAUCCUUUUGGAGACACAUGAGAAUUCAUGUUGCAGAGAAAUCGUACCAGUGUGAACUGAGUGGAAAAGAAUUUACUAAGCCUACUCUUCUCAUUAGGAACAAGGCAGCUAAUCCUGCAAAGAAAGCCUACAAGUGUGAAGAGUGUGGCAAGUGUUUUUGCACAUCCUCAUCCCUUAGACGACAUCAAACAAUCCAUUCUGAAGACAAUCCCUACACUUGUGCAGAGUGUGGCAAAAGGUUUUCCUACUUUUCACACCUUCAAGAACAUCAGACAGUCCAUACUGGAGAGAAACCAUACAAGUGUGAGGAGUGUGGCAAAUGUUUUUCCUCAUCUUCAUCCCUUAGACGACAUCAAUCAAUCCAUUCUGAAGACAGCCCCUAUAAGUGUGUAGAAUGUGGCAAAUGGUUUUCAUGUUCCAGGAGUCUUAGGGAACACCAAGCAAUUCACACUGGUGAGAAACUAUACAAGUGUGAAGAAUGUCACAAAGGCUUUCGUAAAUAUUCAACCUUUUGGAAACACAGGAGAGUUCAUACUGCAGAGAGAUCCUACGAGUGUAAAAAGUGUGGGAGAUGUUUUUUCUCAUCUUCAACCCUUAGACGACAUCAGACAAGUCACUCUGAAGACUAUCCCUACAAGUGUGAGGAGUGUGGCAAAUGUUUUUACUCAUCCUUUUUCUUUAGACGCCAUCAAAUAAUCCAUUCUGAAGACAGUCCCUAUAAGUGUGUAGAAUGUGGCAAACGGUUUUCCUGUUCUAGGAGUCUUCGGGGACAUCAAGCAAUUCAUACUGGAGAGAAACCAUACAAGUGUGAAGAAUGUCAAGAGGCCUUUCGAAAUAGCUCAUCCCUUUGGAGACACAAGAGAGUUCAUGCUUCAGAGAAAUCCUAACAGUGUGAAGUGUGUGCAAAUGUUUUUCUUCAUCUUCGUGCCUUAGACAACAUAUACCACUCCAUGCUUAAGACAAUUCCUGCACGUGUGAGAGUGUGGAAAAGUUUUCCUACUUUGCACAACUUCAGGAACAUCAGACAGUCCAUGCUGUAGAAAAACCAAGUGUGAAGAGUUGGCAAACGUUUUUGCUCAUCUUCAUCCCUAGGCAAUUGGGGGGGGGGGUUCUUAAGAAUGUGGGGAAUGUGGUAAAGAGUGUUAACCAUUAUAACCCUUAUUGGACACAUGAUUGUUCACAUUGGAGAGAAAUCCCACAAAUGUCUUAAAAAAUUUACACUUCUUCAGCCCUUAAAACACAUCAAAUUCUGACUACAAACUCCAUGAGUGCUGGGAGAAAGAAGGGUAGAGAGAAGAGUAAUGAGAUGCCAGCUGAGGAGAUGCCAGCCAGCUGACAAGGAAGCAGGAUAUACAGGUAGUGUGAUAACAAGCCAUGAGCACUGGGAGACUAACUCCUAAUUCCCAACAAGUCCAAUGACCUGGGACGGAAGUCAGCACAGUGACUGAGCCAUUUUUAUUUAUACAGUUUCAAUAGUUUGCAUGAACAAUUUUACAAUCAUAUGUUUCCUGGAGUUUCUAGUUAUAAGUACAGUAAUUGCCAGUUUUUUCCCCAUACUUCAUUCCCUUUCUGUCCCCCAACUUUCCCACUGGAAAUCAUUACUUUGAUUCAUAGCUUUACUAUUAAAAGCAUAAGCAGUAUAGCAAGCAAGAAAGAAAGUUUUCUAACUAAGGACACCAGCAGAUCAAACAGUAUGUCUUGUCGGCAGCAUUUAUUGUCAUGCAAAAUGAAAGAGAAUUUUGCCUCUAAGGGUUAGUGUUUACCUCUACUCAAAUCUAAAUUCUCAUUCUUCAUUCUGUACUAUAGUGUCUCCUGUAGGUAAUAUUCUAGGUUUUAUCCUGUAAACUAUACAACUAGAAAGCUUACUCUUAAUAGUUGGCACUGCUCAUCCUUUUUUUUUUUUUUUUUUUUUUUUGGUUUUUUGAGACAGUGUUUCUCUGUGGCUUUAGAGGCUGUCCUGGAACUAGCUCUUGUAGACCAGGAUGGUCUCGAACUCACAGAAAUCCGCCUGCCUCUGCCUCCCGAGUGCUGGGAUUAAAGGCGUGCUACAGUAUUGGCACAGCUGUUAAAAAUGAGGGCAUUGUGGGUUUCUAUGAUUCUCUCUUCCUAGACUGUCCCCAUUAGCCCCGAUAUCAUCUAUUGAGUAACAUCUCUCCAAGACUCUUGUGUUUAAAAUAAGUCUCUCCUGAAUACACAGAUUUGUAAAUGGUCCCACACUUCUGUGAUUCUUUCAGGCUAAUCACAGGUGCACUGGAAAGGCAGCAUCCUGUUCUUGAGAAAGCCUGAGUUCAUGAUCACGCCUGAAACAUCAAAGGCUUUAGGGGCUAAAUCAGAUCCACUGUAUAUUUUUAAGAACAUCCCUUCUGCCUCAGCCAGAGUAUAGUCAUCAGAGGGACGUUUUCCUUUUGUAAAUAGCCAUUUUAUCUAUAGCUCUAAGAAAGAUAACUUGUAUAAGGAAAGGAAGAAGAGCAGGUAGCACAUAGGCUCCUGGGGUCAUGCCCAGAAUUAUGCAGCAAACUACCCGUCAGCCUUGCCAAAAAUGGGUCAGAUUUUCCAGGGCCUUGCCACAGGAAGAAUUUGUUCAUGCUAUUCUCAGGUCUCCCAAGAAGUCACAUGACUCCCAGUAUCUUCCCGUUUUUGGUUUUUGAUUGAAACUCAUGGAUGACAUCCCGAAGGACUAUGAGAAGGGCAAGUCUUAAUUUUUUUUUUUUUUUUGUAGCGGACUGGAAAGAAAAAGAUUAAAAUUAAAAAUAAACCAAGGGCCCACAACCAAAUUAAUGAUAAAUGUCCGAAAAAAAUUUAUAGUUAUAAAAGAGGUAAUUGAAUUUAAAAAAUGAGAUUUUUAUCCUCUCUGAUGCUGUGCAUGAAUAUUCAUCUUACAUUAGAACUGUUCCAUAUGCCUCUAAUUGAGCCUGAAUUUGUUCCCAUGGGUGAUCAGAACCAUUGUAAGACAAUGGUGUAACACAAAUUAAUUUAUAAUUUGUAUAACAAACAGUAAGUCUAACCAUAAUAUUUUGAAUCUGUACCUAUGUAUAAAACUGCUUCCUCCAGUGCAUUAACCCUAUUAACAAGGCCCUUAUCAACAGAUUCUUGAGUAAAGAAAGAAUCAGAAACAUUUUUAGACAAUGUAUUCAUGUUGUACAAGGGCUGCAGUAGAGGCAGUUAUAGUUCCAAUGAUAGAAAUAAAGGCAGUAAUACCCAAUACCAGGGCUGCAAUAAAGCACUUAGCAGAUUAGCAAUAGUUUCCAUAGCAUAAAUACCCAGAUCAUCAUACCAAGGUCGAGAUAGGUUAACAGGAAGAAGACAAGGAGGCUGAUGGACAACUACAAAAGUUCCUGGGGACAUAGUUAAAUUGACACAAUUGGUAAUAAAGCAGUUAAGGCAAAAGAUUUGGUAAGUAGUAUCAUUUUUUGAAACUGAAAGUGAGCCAUGAAAACCCUCAAUGAGGAUGGCAAAAGGUAUACAGGCUUGUAAGCCAGAAUAAACAGGAGCUUUGUGAAGGUCUUUUAAUAGAGUAAAAUGAAUAGCUGCAAAGAGUUUAUAUAAAUGUCUUUGAAGACAGAAGCAGAGUGAGGGUUUACAAAAAACAAAAAAAAAACAUGCGAAUGACACAUCCCAGGAAAAACCAAUGAUCCACAAAAUUGGUUUUAAAGUAAGAUCAUCAGACCCAGAAAAAGAAGGACAUGAAAUAAAAUAACUUCUAUAAAAGAGUA